CAGUUUCCAGGUACAUCUACUAACCCCCAAUGGUUACUCCUCCUCCAGAUGUGCCAAGCACAUCGACCAGGUCGAUGGCUCGUGACCUUCAAGAGAAUCCAAACCGACAACCUGGUGAACCACGUGUGUCUGAACCGUAUCACAAUUCAAUCGUCGAGCGGAUUCGCCAUAUUUUUCGGACGGCUGUAUCUUCCAAUCGUUGUCGCACCGAGUACCAAAAUAUCGACCUAGAUUGUGCAUAUAUCACAGACCGAAUCAUAGCUAUCGGUUAUCCAGCAACAGGAAUCGAAGCGAAUUUCCGUAACUCAAAAGUUCAAACUCAACAAUUUCUGACCAGGCGGCACGGAAAGGGCAACGUGAAGGUGUUUAACCUGCGCGGUGGAUACUACUACGAUGCGGAUAACUUCGAUGGAAAUGUUAUUUGCUUCGAUAUGACUGAUCAUCAUCCGCCGAGUCUCGAAUUAAUGGCUCCGUUUUGCAGAGAGGCUAAGGAAUGGCUUGAAGCAGACGAUAAACAUGUAAUAGCUGUACACUGUAAAGCUGGAAAAGGCCGUACCGGAGUGAUGAUAUGUGCUCUUCUCAUCUACAUCAACUUCUAUCCGAGCCCACGACAAAUUCUCGACUACUACUCAAUAAUUCGUACAAAAAACAACAAAGGUGUCACAAUUCCAUCACAACGACGCUACAUUUACUACUACCAUAAGCUUCGUGAACGUGAGCUCAACUAUUUACCAUUGAGAAUGCAGUUGAUUGGUGUCUACGUGGAACGGCCUCCAAAGACAUGGGGUGGUGGUUCAAAGAUAAAAGUGGAGGUUGGAAAUGGCUCGACAAUUUUAUUUAAGCCGGAUCCUCUCAUAAUCUCCAAAUCAAAUCAUCAGCGAGAGCGUGCGACGUGGCUGAACAACUGUGAUACGCCUAACGAAUUCGACACCGGAGAGCAAAAAUAUCAUGGAUUUGUUUCCAAGAGAGCAUACUGUUUUAUGGUGCCAGAAGAUGCUCCAGUAUUUGUCGAAGGAGAUGUUCGUAUAGACAUUCGCGAAAUCGGAUUUCUCAAAAAGUUUUCGGACGGGAAGAUUGGUCAUGUUUGGUUCAAUACAAUGUUCGCAUGUGAUGGAGGACUCAACGGUGGACAUUUCGAGUACGUAGACAAAACUCAGCCGUACAUCGGAGACGAUACAUCAAUCGGACGGAAAAAUGGAAUGCGAAGAAAUGAAACGCCGAUGCGAAAAAUUGAUCCAGAAACUGGAAAUGAAUUUGAGUCUCCGUGGCAAAUAGUGAAUCCUCCUGGACUGGAAAAACAUAUUACGGAGGAACAAGCAAUGGAAAAUUAUACCAAUUAUGGCAUGAUUCCUCCUCGAUACACGAUCAGCAAGAUUCUUCACGAAAAGCAUGAAAAAGGUAUCGUCAAGGAUGACUAUAAUGAUCGUAAGCUGCCAAUGGGAGACAAAUCAUACACGGAAUCAGGAAAAAGUGGAGAUAUUCGAGGAGUCGGUGGUCCAUUUGAGAUACCAUAUAAAGCUGAGGAACAUGUUCUCACAUUUCCAGUUUAUGAAAUGGAUCGAGCAUUGAAGAGUAAAGAUCUUAACAACGGAAUGAAACUUCACGUUGUUCUUCGUUGUGUAGAUACUCGUGAUUCAAAAAUGAUGGAAAAGAGCGAAGUGUUCGGCAAUCUGGCAUUCCAUAAUGAAUCGACACGGAGGCUUCAAGCGUUGACUCAAAUGAAUCCAAAAUGGCGACCUGAACCGUGUGCGUUCGGAUCCAAAGGUGCUGAAAUGCAUUACCCUCCGUCGGUUCGAUAUUCAAGCAAUGAUGGAAAGUAUAAUGGAGCCUGCAGUGAGAACCUUGUUAGCGAUUUUUUCGAGCACAGAAAUAUUGCCGUUCUUAAUCGAUAUUGCCGAUAUUUCUACAAGCAACGCAGUACAUCUCGAAGCCGUUAUCCAAGAAAAUUCAGAUACUGUCCUCUGAUCAAGAAACAUUUCUACAUUCCAGCUGAUACCGAUGAUGUUGAUGAAAAUGGGCAACCGUUCUUCCACUCACCAGAGCAUUACAUUAAAGAACAGGAAAAAAUAGACGCAGAGAAAGCAGCUAAAGGAAUUGAAAAUACUGGACCCAGUACUUCAGGAUCAAGUGCUCCCGGAACUAUCAAGAAAACGGAAGCUUCACAAUCCGACAAGGUGAAGCCGGCAACUGAAGACGAACUUCCUCCUGCGAGGCUACCGGAUAAUGUGCGAAGAUUUCCAGUCGUCGGCGUUGAUUUCGAAAAUCCGGAAGAAGAAUCGUGUGAACACAAAACCGUAGAGUCAAUAGCUGGUUUUGAACCACUCGAACAUCUAUUCCAUGAAUCAUACCAUCCAAAUACGGCCGGUAACAUGCUGCGUCAGGAUUAUCACACUGAUUCGGAAGUGAAAAUAGCUGAACAAGAGGCAAAAGCCUUCGUUGACCAGUUGCUUAAUGGACAAGGUGUAUUACAAGAGUUUAUGAAGCAAUUCAAAGUACCAUCGGACAAUUCCUUUGCUGAUUAUGUAACCGGACAGGCCGAAGUUUUUAAAGCACAGAUUGCGUUACUGGAGCAGUCGGAGGAUUUUCAACGAGUUCAAGCGAAUGCAGAGGAAGUCGAUCUUGAACACACUCUUGGUGAAGCGUUUGAGCGAUUCGGGCACGUUGUAGAAGAAUCGAAUGGUUCUUCUAAAAAUCCAAAAGCCCUGAAAACUCGAGAACAAAUGGUGAAAGAAACUGGCAAAGACACUCAGAAGACCCGCAAUCAUGUGCUUCUACAUUUGGAAGCUAAUCAUCGUGUGCAAAUCGAGCGUCGUGAAACGUGCCCGGAGCUACAUCCAGAGGAUAAAAUCCCAAGAAUUGCUCAUUUUUCCGAAAACAGCUUCUCGGAUUCGAAUUUUGAUCAAGCUAUUUAUUUGUAAACCUAAAACAAAACUUUUAGAAGAUUUUCUUCUUACUGACCCUCCAAUUUUCAGAUAAUUUCAAUGUUUUAAGUUUUCUCUUCAAAGUAUCAUUCACUUUCUGUAUAGUGUUUUGUUUUUUAACAAACUAUUGUUCGAUUAUUUUGUAUAUUCAUAUUAUAGCUCUCAACUUCCCGAUUUUCCACGUAUAUAUGUAUAUUUUGCCGGGUGAAAAAUAGCAAUUCCCUAUGAAUGUAUCCCCUUCCAUCUGUUUUCUUACUCAGAAAUUGUAAUUCACAUUGCGGGUCAUCACUAAUCCUAUGGGCUUUAACACAAUUCUCCCAUAAAUUAAUUGUACUUACCAAUUUUUUGUUUAAUUAUUUAGAUUUGUAACAUUGAAAUUGGUGAUAAUUCCAAAGAAAAAUUAUAUUCUCCG